AUGGAAGAAGGAUCCACAGAAGUCCUCUCAGUCUCCGAGCUCGUCCGACGAUCUCGCCCACUCACCGGCGGAUCAUCGGUCCUUCCCAGCCGUUCGAUCUCUUCUUCAGAACCUUCCAAUGAACCUAAAAAACCCUCCGGUCCCACAAACCCCAAAAACCCUAACUCGAAAAUCCUCAAAUCUCUGAACCACCCAACAAUCCUCGUUGGAACCCUAACCCUACCUUCUCACAACAACAAUAGCACUUCGAAUUCAACUCUUCACUGCUCAAAUACCAGUUGUUUUUCAUUCUCCGAUGGCACAGCCACCGUUUGCUGUGACCUUAUUGAUCAUCAUCCUCGAAUUAUAGGAAAAGUGAUGCAUGUUCUUGCUUGGAAUUUUAUUCCUUUCAAAUGUGGAGGUGGGUUUUUGGAAAUUAUCCGGUGGAGUGUUCUGGAAUCUUCUUGUGGACCCGAAGCAUUUGCUUUGUUUUCAGGUUCAUGUACUGACUGUAAAGAUAUUCCCAAAUCUCACUAUUACACUCACGGUUCAUUACAAUCGGUUAGCCCUCUUUCCGUUGUUCCGUGUACAAUUCAGGGGACGUGUUCUGGGUCCAAUUCUGGUGGUUCAAGAAAUAUUUGUGGUUUUCUUGUGAAUAUCUUGGUUUGUGAGUGCAAAUUGUGCCACUCAAAAGAUUCUGAAAGGGUAUUGAAAGAUUUACGUGAACAGAAAAAUAAUAGUCAUUGUUUUGAGAAACCUGUGAUUGUCUACUUCUGUGGGUCGGCUUCAUCAUGGCAUCCAGUAAUUUCCAAAUUGAUUGGGUGUGUCGUUUUGGUAUCAGGUUUGAAGAAGAAAUUAAUUUAUAUGGAGAAAGGGGAGUCUCAGUUGAUGUAUGUGACCACAGAGAAAGCUUUGUUGCAUCUUUCUAAGUUUCCAAAUCAGCGGCUUCCAAUUCCAAAGACUGUUAUUAAAGGUAGGGGAGAGGUGGGUGGAUAUGUUGGCACAGUUACAGGCAUUUAUAUGCAUGGCAUGGUUGUGGAGCUGGAUCAAGAAGUAAUGCUGUUACUAACAGACCCGCAACUCACUGUGCCACAUAGUGUGAGAGUGGGUGCUAUUGUAUCGGUGAGAAAUGUCCAUUUUGUGAAUCCCAGAUUUUCUUGGACAAAAAUACUUAUACUUGGUGCUUGCAUGAAAACUAGCAUGUAUGUGCAAUCAUUCUCCCCGAUGGAAACUGGGUGCCAUAUUGGUUCACAAUUGCAGAGCCUUUUAGGGAAAUUUAUUGACUCCGUGGUAUUUUCUGCAAGACUUUGGGUAUUACUUGUCAUCUCAUGUUUUAGGAAAAAGUUUGCGGGUAUAUUGUCUGAGAAGGAGAUCUUAGGAUCAAAACAUCCUGUUGUUCCAUCCUUUACUGUAUCAUAUUAUGCUGAGCUGAUGUGGACAGUUGCAAGGUGUUACCAGAAGGAAGGAUUGGCUCAAAAAUUUGCUAGAUCUCAUUUGCCACUGUCAAACUUCCAUGUUCGGCAUGGAGUAUUUAUGGAAUACUGUAAGCAUGAUUCAUGUGGCUGUGGCAAUGAAUUGAGUUAUGGUCACUUGAAAUUGGCAGUACCCAUCUCUAAUUUCAUCAGUCACUGCGAGACCUCCUGGACAAAAUUGUUGCUAGAAUGGGAGACUGAUUUGGAUUUAAUAGGUGAUGACAAUCUAUAUUGCCCUAUAUCCUGUGAAGGGAGAACUUAUGGUCCGUCAAUUAGAAGGAUUUUGCAUGGUGAAAAUAAUGUUGUUUUGCUUGGAAAAUUAGAGAUUUCCCCAUCUUCCGGGAGGUUACAGUUGAUUGAUGCAACUGGUAGCAUUGAUGUUGUUAUACCAGACCUUUCAUCAAGUUGGAAUAUCAACAGCAUAUAUGAGGUAAAUGACUUCACUGUUGUAAUGGAAGGCAUACCUGAGAAAGUCAACCAUUUGGGUUCGACCUUGAAGGAAUCAUUUUCAUGCAGAAAUAUAUUUAACAGUGUUCACUUGGUGAGAGUUAUAAAGUUAACAAGUUAUCUAUACUACCAUUUAAGAGAUCAAAGUUCUAGAAGCUUUCCUUUCUAUCCUUACAUGGAUGGAAAGGGAAAUUUUGAGGAGCUUAAAAGUGGAAGAUUUCACGUGCUCUGGAUAACGCACAAAUUUCCUGUGCUACAAAAGUUUCAAGGUGAUCAAGUUAUUUCAAACAGGUCAAGCAUACACGCUGAGGCCAGAAUCCUUCCCUGGGACUUGUUUCUUGCUGAGAAAGAUAGAGAUGCAUGUCCAAGUAAGCUUUCUGCGGGACACUCGAGACAACCCGCAGAAGGUUAUGCAAGUAUAUAUUAUGAGGAAUGUGUUGCUCACAAGAGAUGCAAAAUCGAUAGGGCAUCUGGUGGGGCACUGAGCUGUGGCUUAAGAGAGACAAGAAAUGGAUCAUGGUGCCGGAUGAAUUGUUGCUCAAGUGCUUGCAAGAUAUGUCAAGAGGAGCUGAAAUGUUGUGAUUUGAGGUCUCCGUGCGAACUUCCAUGCUUCGUUACUUGUAGAGAUGUUAAUGGUCCCAGUCCCAUUGGUUCAGGAAUCUUGCAUUGCACAAAAACUAAUUUAAAGGUUAAUUCUGGUUGCAAUUUGAAUGGAUUGAAGGUAUUACUGGAGUUUCACCCCGAAAGCUUUUGCAAGUAUGAGUUAUUGAGGAUUGGUGGCUAUUACCUCAUAAAGCCGCAUAAGGAAGAUCCAUUAUGUGCAUCUGAGGACUUCAAUGCUGUCAGUGGUGGUAGAAUAGUUAUCACUUCUAGAACUAAUCUGUGGAGCCUUUCAUUCUCUUCUGAUGAGGUUUUCCCUAGUGUAGAUCCAUCACAUGUUUCUUCAUUCCACAGUUCAUUUGUCAGCAGUAAGGAGUUUCUAUCUGAAGGUUCUCAUAGAAAUGAUUCUCCAUUGCUAAGAUUUAACAGUGGAUGCCCUGAAAUCUGUUCAGAUAUCUCUCUCUCUCUCUCGUCUGAUGUUCUAAGUCUUGUCGAGAUAGAUCUUAAGUCGUUGGAAGAAGGUCUAAUCAAGCCAUCUGUCUCACUUGAGGGGGUGGAUAACAUUUCUCGGGGCAUUGGGAGUAUGAUGACUACGUCUGUGCAAUCUUCUGGAACAUAUGAUGCCUAUUGCCAUUUGCCUGAGGGAAAUCUAAUAUCUUUGCAUGGACACGUGUUGGCUGUUCAUAAUUUGGAGCACAGUUCUCCAGCAUCACAUUUGAGCCAAAAGAGUCCCAGUGAUGUUCAGCGACCAAAUUUCUUUCAAAGAUUAACCAGCAGUAUUUGUAUCCAUGUUUUGGUUGACCUUCACGUUGUGAAAAUUCUUGGUGACUUGAGUCUACAUCCAUAUCCGAUUGGAUUUGGACCUGGUGUAAAUGCAACCUUCCACCGAAUACUUGUAUUGGGGCAGAAAGAACUUAUGUUGACACCUGCAUCUUUCAUUGUACUCAACUCGAUACAAACAGUCAAUGACCGAUAUAUUCUUGAGUGCAAUAAUUCAUCAGCUGCUUCAGGCUUGCACACGGCUUACACUCUGGAUACAGUUCCUGCAGCCCUGAUAUCUGAAAUACUGCAUAGCUUGGAGCAUAAAGCAGUGCAAUUCCACUGCAGGGUUGUGGCUGUUUAUGUCCUG